AAAUAUAGAACGCAAGAAAAGAAACUGGAACUCGAAAAUGAAAGCAAUGUCGAUAUAAGACAGAGAAGAAUAAGAUAUUUAGAUCUCUGCGUUAUGCGAAAGGAGUUUCAUAGAUCUGAUCUCAACUGCUGCUUCGAUUUUGAAUUUAGCUGCAAGAUACGGUGAUUGUUGUGGAAGUGAUAUUUGAAUACUGAUCCAGUGAAAAUGGUUGUCCUUGCGGCUUCUAUCAUUAGUAAAUCUGGAAAAGCACUUGUUUCCAGACAAUUUGUGGAUAUGUCUCGCAUAAGAAUAGAAGGGCUUCUUGCAGCUUUUCCCAAGCUUGUUGGUAUAGGGAAGCAACAUACAUAUAUUGAGACUGAAAAUGUACGCUAUGUCUACCAGCCAAUAGAAGCUUUAUAUUUACUGCUUAUAACCAACAAACAAAGCAACAUUCUUGAAGAUCUGGAGACACUUCGGCUGCUAUCCAAAUUAGUACCUGAAUAUGCUGUUUCUUUGGAUGAAGAAGGCAUUUGUAAGACAGCUUUUGAUCUAAUCUUUGCUUUUGAUGAAGUCAUUUCCCUUGGGUUCAAGGAAAAUGUGACAGUUGCACAAGUUAAGCAGUAUUGUGAAAUGGAGAGUCAUGAAGAGAGAUUGCACAAAUUAGUAAUGCAAAAUAAGAUCAAUGAGACUAAAGAUAUUAUGAAGAAGAAAGCAAGUGAGAUUGACAAAAGCAAGAUUGAAAAGAAUAGGGGUGAUAAAGGAGGGUUUAUGUCCUUACAGUCAAUGGGCUCAGGUAAACUUGAUACUGGCUUUGGUAAUGAAAUGAGCAGACCUAGCACCGGAAGUGGCUUUGGAAGUGGUUCUGGUUUUGGAUUGGGGGUAGACGUUGACUCACUUUCUACCAAGUCUAAAGGUCGUCCUUCUGCAUCAGCUACUGCUCCUCCAAAAGGUCUGGGCAUGCAGCUAGGAAAAACACAAAAGGCAAACCAAUUUCUGCAAUCUUUGAGAGCUGAAGGUGAAGUUAUUCUUGAUGAUGUGCGUCCAACUGUUGGUCCAGCGAAGUCAGCUGCUCCUCUACCAACUGAUCCUAUCACAUUGUCUGUGGAAGAGAAGCUUAGUGUUACUCUGAAGCGAGACGGUGGCCUGAGUAACUUUGAUGUUCAGGGUACUUUGUCUCUACAGAUUCUUAACCAAGACGAUGGUCAUAUCCAAGUUCAGAUAGAGAGUGGGGGAAAUCCAGGAAUCCUCUUCAAAACCCAUCCUAAUGUUAAUAAAGAAUUGUUUUCGAACGAGAACAUUUUGGGCCUUAAAGAUCCAAACAGACCGUUUCCUUCUGGUCAAUCUGGCGAUGGUGUCGGUUUAUUGAAGUGGAGAAUGCAAAGUGUUGAUGAAUCUGCCGUGCCAUUAAGCAUUAAUUGCUGGCCCUCGGUUUCUGGAAAUGAAACCUUUGUGAAUAUUGAGUAUGAAGCUUCGUCAAUGUUUGAUCUGCAAAAUGUUGUGAUAUCUGUUCCUCUUCCAGCUCUUAGGGAAGCUCCCAAUGUGAGUCAGAUUGAUGGUGAUUGGAGGUUUGAUUCCAGAAAUUCUGUCCUGGAAUGGACCAUACUUCUUAUUGAUAAUUCUAACCGCAGUGGAUCCUUGGAAUUUGUUGUCCCUCCAGCAGACACAUCUGUCUUUUUUCCCAUCUCUGUCCGAUUCACAGCUGUCAACACCUUCAGUGAAAUAAAGGUUGUGAGUGUGAUACCAUUGAAAGGUGGAGCAGCACCACCAAAGUAUACUCAAAGAACAAUUCUCUCAACAGAGACUUAUCAGGUAGUGUGAACAAUAUGUUCCAAUUCUGAAAUUAUUAUUAUUAUUACUAUUAAUAUGCAAAUGGAGCCUUUUUUUUCAUUUCAAUGGUUGAGAUAAGCCGACGAUUUUGGUGGAUUCUUAAAAUUUGAAUAUCGGAAUCUCGCAAUUUUAAUAUUGUGAUGAAAGUGAAUGGACAUUUUUUGUAAUUGAUUUGAGUUAUUACUGUUAGACUGAAAUUGAAAUAUAAGGAAAGAAACACACUAUAGUUCUUCA